AUGCCGGAUCCUUUCGUGAAAAUUGAAAUACAUGAGAAGCAGGUCAUGCCGAAAGGUCUACUGCAAAGACUGGCCGACAAGAUCCGCAAGGAGCACCCGAAGCUCGACAACGUUCGCCUGCUGCACGAUAACGAGCGACCUCACAUCGCGAAGAAGACUUCCCAGAAAAUUCUGGAGCUUGGAUGGGAAGUUCUACUGCACCCACCGUACAGCCCGAACCUGGCCCCGAGCGACUACCACUUCUUCCGCUUGUUACAGCAUCGCUUGGAAGAGAAGCGAUACGAUGAUCGUGACCAUCUCGAGAAUGACCUUCGUGCUUUCUUCGCUUCCAAGUCGCCGGCGUUCGAUGCCAAAGGAAUCCGUGACCUUGUGAGACGUCGCAGAAGGUUGUCGAUGUUGAUGGAGAUUAUUUCGUCGAAUAAUAAAAUGUCAAAAAGUCGUAUGCCGACAAAAGAUCGCAGCUCGAGAGAGAUAUUCAGCAGAAAUACGCUGAAGCGAGUUUGGGAUUCUGCUCUUUCGCCAAUUCCUAGUGGUCGUCCCCCAUCGCCAACAAAGUCAGGCUGCGACUCUACCUAUCCACAAUCCCCUAUCAUGAUUUACGGAGUGGGAGACUUGGGCAGCGCCGACGACGGUGAUGGAAAAGCUUGA